AGUAGAUGCGCGCAGCAUGACACACGCAUAUGCACACGGGUUCGUACCGACGGGGACAAAGCGGACAAAAAGCGGCCGCCUUGCCGUCGGAUCUGCUCGCUGACAGGAUCCCAGGCAGCCCCAGAUUAUCACCGCCCGAAGAGUGCCGACAUCAUCUUUACAACAAGUGACGGCUUCGGACGCGAAGCCGGCGACUCAGACCAAAGAGGUUCCCGCACCUCCCGGCACCUCAACGGCGCUUCGGUUAGAACCUCAGCGGAAUUUUAAUUUAAAAAUCUUAAUUUUAAUAAAUCAAAGCUUGGCACUAUUUCCGUAGUCUUCCUCAUUUGCCAGGCGCGUGGAAGCAGAAUUGGAAAUGAGGAUCUGAUGAUCCAGCGAGACUGUAAGGCAGAUCUGUAAUGACAGACUGACUGCCUGCAAUACAGGUAUUUUUAGGGAUUAAAAAAAUACACGCAUGGGUAUAAUGUAGGAAGAUUGAACAGCAGACCAUACCGCCCGCAAUGACCUAAAACACAGACUUAAUUUGCCGUUAUUCAUUCGCUCUCCUCUUCCUCGUCGCGGACAGAGGAAGCUGUACAUUAUCUCCGUAGCAACCCCGGGACUGCGUCUGACACUGAGACAGAUUUUUCUUGGACGAUUGAUCGCCGUGUUGGGGCGCCUGCCGAUUCCGUGCCAAAGAACAUGACUAUCCCGUAGCGACAGUUUCGCGUCAUUUUAGCGGUGCACCAGUUUUGGUUUUGCAUUUGGGGGAAGCCGGUGCAGAACGUAACGGGCGCCUUGGAUCCACGAGUUUCCCUGUCGGUGAUGCGUUCAUCACGUCCGCCGUGCUGUGCGGACUGGGGUGCGAGUGUCACGGCAGAGAGGCGGGUCACACCUGAUGUCUCAACUGCGCUGCUGAGCAUGUCAGACGGGUAGGGGGAAAAUACAAAAGGGAGAAGCGUUUACGGUUGAAUCAGUGCACAGGCUGCGUCUUUUUUUCCUGCGUUGGAUCUCCGACCCUCGCUCCGACUGAGCUCUUCCCUGGCCAGCAUCUCCAGAUGCUGUCUGUGCGCUUCCAUCUGCGGCUGACCAGCGAUCGAAACCCGUGACGGGCGGACCGUGAUUCUGCGCUGCCCGCGUUCUGCCACAAAUACAGUUCAAACUAAGGCAUGGUCCCUGGGACUCCCGCAGCCAUGCUACCGGCCUCAGAAGCUGCCAAGAUUUACCAGACGAACUAUGUCCGCAACUCUCGAGCCAUCGGGGUCCUAUGGGCCAUCUUCACCAUCCUUUUUGCCAUCGUCAAUGUGGUGUGCUUUAUUCAGCCCUACUGGAUCGGUGACGGCGUGGACACGCCGCAAGCAGGCUACUUCGGUCUUUUCCAUUACUGUAUCGGAAACGGGCUGUCCCGGGAGCUGACAUGCCAGGGAAGCUUUACCGAGUUCAGCUCCAUCCCUUCGGGCGCCUUCAAGGCCGCGUCCUUCUUCAUCGGGAUGUCCAUGGUUCUGGUCAUCACCUGCAUCGUCUGCUUUGCCCUUUUCUUCUUCUGCAGCACGGCCACUGUCUAUAAGAUCUGUGGCUGGAUGCAGCUCGCUUCUGGCACCUGUCUGGUCCUGGGCUGCAUGAUCUACCCAGACGGCUGGGACUCGGACGAGGUGAAGCGGAUGUGCGGCGAGCAGACCGACAAGUACGCGCUGGGCGCGUGCUCCGUGCGCUGGGCCUACAUCCUGGCCAUCAUGGGCAUCCUGGACGCCCUCAUCCUCUCCUUCUUGGCCUUCGUGCUCGGCAACCGGCAGGACGGGCUCAUGGCUGAGGAGCUGCUGGCCGACCGCACGGAGGGUGGAAAUGCUUAAUAACAAGAGGUCUGUCCCGAAGAACAUGCUUUGGGUCAGUAGGAGGCAGUCUUACUGCAAUCUCACCUUCCUGUCCCGAAGAACUUGCUUUGGGCCAGUAGGGGGCAGUCCCACUGCAGUCUCACCUUCUCGCUUUCUACCCCUUGCCCCCGGAGUGGAUCCUGACCUGAGUGGCGGCUGUGGAAGCGGCACAGGCGAUGAUGCGAGGAGAGAGGGGCAGCCCCCACAGCACCCCCGCCCAAUUUACCGCCCCCUCAUAACUCCGUCAUAUCACUGGUACUGACGGGUUUAUUCUGUCACACAGACACUUUUUUGUACUGUAAAAUUGUAGAAUGACAUCAUCGACAUUAGCGAACGAACACAGCACACUUUAACAUACACAGGUCACGUGUUUAUGUCGGGUGGGGGGGGGG